CGCUACUAACCGAACAGGUUGUCGUUAUUUAGAGCUCCCAACAUUGGUGACCCGAACGUCGAACGUAAGGAUCGAACAUCGUCCUUAACCGCCAUGUCCGUCGACCAUCAAGCCCACCCGCCGCCUCCAUCGAACCCAUCCUUAUCGGCAGUGGCUGUCAAGUUACCACAAUUUUUUGACCGCAACCCGGCCGUGUGGUUUAUCCAAGCGGAGGCGCAAUUUCAUCUCGCUGGCGUAACAUCACAACUGACGAAAUUUUACCACGUCACCUCCGCCCUCACCCCAACUGCGGCCGAUGAGGUGUACGACGUCCUCGCCAACCCCUCGCCAACCACACCUUACGACCAGCUCAAGCAAGCCCUCCUGCAACGCACCACCUCCUCCAGCCGGUCCCGCCUUCAACAACUGCUAUCCGCUGAAGAGCUGGGAGACCGCCGCCCCACACAGCUACUUCGCCGAAUGCGGCAGCUGCUUGGCGACAAUUCCGCUACCAUGGACGACGUUCUUCUCCGUGAACUAUUUUUACAACGUCUGCCACAGAACGUUCAAAUGGUUCUGGCAACAGCAGCGAACAUGUCACUCGACCAGCUGGCUACGCUCGCAGAUGCGGUUGUUGAGGUCGCCACCCCGUCCAUCGCUGCCACCGCUGCACCACAACACCCCGUUCUUCCAACACCGUCUGCAGCGGCAAGCCCUUCUGGCUCUCCGCAAUUAGAAGACCUCUGCCGCGAGUUCCGCGCGCUUGCCUCUCUAAUUGCAGCAUCACAUGCUCCACCGCAGCAAACUCGUCAACCCUACCGUCGCCGCCGUUUCAGUCGGAGUCCACGGCGCUAUUCUCCCAGCCGCUCGAAUAGCAGAGACCGCGACGGAAGCCUGGCGACGACGAUUUGCUGGUACCAUCGCAAGUUUGGCGCCGAGGCCCGUCAUUGCCUACUACCAUGUUCUUGGCAGCAGGGAAACCCGCCCGCGGGCCAUUGAUGGCGACCAAUGGUCCAUCCUCCCAGUCCAGUCGCCUAUUUUAUAUACGGGACAAAACAUC